GUUGAUAUUAGUACUAUUAAAUUAAAAGAUCUUAGAAGUAAUAUUACCAUCAUACCUCAGGAUCCCGUACUAUUUGAUGGCACUAUAAGAAGCAACUUGGACCCAUUCAAUGAACAUAGCGAUCUCACGUUAUGGAAUGCACUUCGUCGUGCACACUUAAUUGGCCUUACUUCUGAAAAGGAAGAAUCAGAAAAUACCCUUUCUAUUUCAGAACAAAAAAAUAACGUGAAAGAACAAAUAAUGCUUGACUCACCAGUCAAAGAAAAUGGAUCAAAUUUUUCUCAAGGCCAACAACAGCUGAUUGCAAUGGCCAGAGCGCUUGUUCGUCAGUCCAAAUUGAUUAUAAUGGAUGAAGCUACUGCUAGUAUAGAUUUUAAAACUGAUCAUCUAAUACAGACUACCAUUAGAGAAGAGUUUAAAGACAAUUCU